UUUCGUCUCUUCGUUCGUUCCUCACUUCGUUCCUCAAGGCACAAGGCAAGAGCCUUUCGUUCCUCAAGGCAAUUAGGCCACAGCCAACGCAACCAGGUUCACAACCAGGUUCGCUGCACCUAUGGUUCCUGCCUCGCGAGUUGAACCCGCUGAUCGCGUUGAGAAGUGUUGGUGAGUGCCGCGCGAGCCAAAACUUGCUUGCGCUAACUUUCAGUUGUUUUCUCUUUCUUCUUCUGGCAGGGAACAGGAUGGUAGAAUAACCUUCAGCGCCUCACGCAACUCCCAAACACACCCCCACACGCGCAUCAUCCUGCCAACCACCAAAUCAUGAAACGACAGGAUAACCUAACAUCAGUCAACCUGCCACCGACGCCAUGCCCACCGAGUCCGACGACGAUGAAUACUGCACCGUCCGCAUUCCUCGCAAAUAUCUUGAUCGUCUCCCCGCUGAUGUUCGUUCAACCGCGAAACCCCUCAAACGCACCGACAACGCCGGGCCCGGCGCUGGCCCCGUUCCCCCGAAGGAUGAACCGCCGGAGGCGCUGCUAAAGAGGCUCAUCUACAGUCUCGACCGGCAAAUCGUCAGCGAACUUUGGAAGGAAUGGGGUCAGCAGCCACCCAACCUAGAUUCGAUCUAGGCGCAGGCUGAGAAGGCGCGCAAAGAGGAGGAGGCGCGCAAGGAGGAGGCGCAAAAAGUCGAAGCCCUCAUGCGUGAAACCGCUGAGCUGCGGGCCAAGUUCCAUCAGUUGCUUGCCGAAAACAAGGAACUUAA